UAGAAAGAAAAAAAGAAAAAAAGCAGAAGUGUCACGGAUGUGCUUUGCCUCCUAACUGCGCGCAAAACUCGCUGCUGCUCGGGCAGCUGUAUCUCAUGAACAGUCGGGCCUGCAAAAGCGAUGAAUCCCGAGGAGCAAACCGUAACGUGGCUAAUAUCAUUAGGAGUACUGAAUUCCCCUAAAAAGAACAUUGCCGAUCCAGAAGAAUUUCUGAAAUCGUGUUUGAGAGAUGGGGUCGUCUUGUGUAAGCUCACAGAACGGCUUCUACCCGGAACGAACCCAAAGUACUGCCCAGAUCCCAGAAACGAGUCGGACUGUAUUGCCAACAUUCGAGAGUUUUUGAAAGGAUGUUCCACUUUGAAAAUUGAGGGCUUUGAUCCAGAGGACCUGUACACAGGGGAGAAUUUUGGCAAAGUCCUGACCACACUUUUGGCAGUGAAUAUCGCCACUCAGGAUCGAGGCACGGAGCGGUCAUGUUCACAGUCUAGCGGAUCAGCAGGCAGCCAGUUCCCAUCCACACACACGCAGUCGGCCUCCAGGUCCAGGUCCCUGCGCAGACAAUCCAAGCCAGCAGUGGAAAUGGCUGAGAAUGGGGGCAGUGGAGGCGGCGGCGGCGGCGGGGGAAACGGUCAGCUGAUGGUGAAGGCCCGCUUCAACUUCAAGCAGAACAACGAGGACGAGCUGUCGUUCAACAAGGGCGAGCUCAUCCACGUCACGCGGCAGGAGGAGGGCGGCUGGUGGGAGGGCACGCUCGGCGGCAGGACCGGCUGGUUCCCCAGCAACUACGUGCGCGAGAUCAAGCCCUGUGACAAACCAGUCUCCCCCAAGGCUGUGAAGGGGUUUGACGUGCCUCAGCUAACCAAGAACUACUACAGCGUGGUGGUGCAGGACAUCCUGGAGCACGAGCGGGAGUUUGUGAAGGAGCUGCAGACGGUGCUCAGCUGCUACCUGAGGCCCCUGCAGGCCAGCGACAAGCUGUCCAGUGCAGAUAGUGCCACCCUUAUCGGGAACCUGGAGGAUAUCCUCAGCUUUCAACAAGGACUCUGUGUGGCCCUGGAAGAGUGCACCAAGGUUCCAGAGGGCCAGCAGCGACUGGGCGCCUGCUAUCUCAACCUCAUGUGCCAGAUCCGCACGUUGUACCUGUCCUACUGCUCCAGCCAUCCCUCCGCUGUCUGUGUGCUCACUGAUCGCAGUGAGGAGCUGGACAAGUUCAUGGAGAGCCAGGGGGCCAGCAGCCCAGGGAUUCUGACCUUGACCACCAGCCUCAGCAAGCCCUUCAUGAGGCUGGACAAGUACCCCACCCUGCUGCAGGAGCUGGAGAGACACGUGGAGGAAGCCCAUCCUGACUACAGUGACAUCCUGAAAGCAAACGCUGCCUUCAAGAACCUCGUGACGCAGUGUCAGGACCUACGCAAGCGCAAGAACCUGGAGCUGCAGAUCCUGUCGGAGCCGGUGCGGGGCUGGGACGGCGACAGCAUGAAGUCCCUGGGCCAGGUGUCCUACAUGUCCCAGGUGCAGGUGCAGAGCGGCAGCAGCGAGGACAGGGACGAGCGCUACUUCAUGCUCUUCCCCAACGUGCUGGUCAUGCUCUCCGCUAGCCCCCGCAUGAGCGGCUUCAUCUACCAGGGACGAAUGCCGUUAUCCAGCACGACCGUAUCCAAACAGCUCGAGGAUGCCGAAAACGGCGUCUACGCAUUCGAGAUCACAGGGGGCAGUGUGGAGCGCACCACGGUGUUCUGCAGCAGCCCGCAGGAGCUCCAGGAGUGGCUGGAGCACCUGCACGUCUUCACCAAAGGAGGAAGUCCGGUGGGCACCAUUCUAAAGGCUGGGGAUGGGAAGCCCAUGAGUAUGGUUGGGAGCCCGGCACACCAAAGCCACAUGCAGACCUUCAGCACUCCCGUGGCCAAUCGAGGGCCCCUGGAGCCCCCCAAAGUCCCCAAGCCCUGGUCCCUCAGCUGCCUCAGGCCCGCACCCCCCCUCAAACCUUCAGCUGCCCUGGGCUACAAAGAGAGGAUGUCUUAUAUCCUGAAGGACUCCAGUAAAAGCCCUCGGCCCAUGAAGAAAUUCCUCCCCAAGAGGAAGGAGAGAAAGCAGUCCGAUGAUGAACACUCGCAACGGAAGAGCACAGCAGCAGCUCUAGAGGAGGACGCUCAGAUCUUGAAGGUGAUCGAAGCAUACUGCACAGGGGCCAGCCUUCACCAGACCACCACAGCUGUUCGGAAAGAGAGCAUCCCACAGGUCCUGCUGCCAGAGGAGGAGAAGAUCAUAGUGGAGGAGAUGAAGAGCAAUGGCCAGACAGUGACGGAGGAGAAAAGCCUAGUUGAUGCUGUGUAUGCACUGAAGGAUGAGGUCCAUGAACUGAAAAAGGAGAGCAAGUUGAUGAAGCAGCAUCUGGAGGAGGAGCAGAAGCUACGCAGGGACUUGGAGCGGAUGGUGCGCAAGCUGGCCAAGCAGAAGAACGACUUCGCCUGGGACGACUGCAGCCACUAAGGAAUGUUACACGUGUCAUCAGCAUUUCAGCAGAUUCAACCAGCUUUGUGUGUGUGUGUGUGUGUGUGUGUGUGUGUGUGUGUGUGUGUGUGUGUGUGUGUGUGUGUGUGUGUGUGUGUGUGUGUGUGUGUGUGUGUGUGUGUGUGUGUGUGUGUGUGUGUGUGUGUGUGUGUGUGUGUGUGUGUGUGUGUGUGAGAAUAUGUCUUUGUGCAUGCUUGAGUGUGUGUGUGUGAGAAUAUGUCUUUGUGCAUGCUUGAGUGUGUCUGAACAUUUCGUAUAUACGUUACUUUCUUCAGUCCAGUAACAUGCUGCCAGAUGAAAAGAAUGGUUUUGGCUUUGAGGACACAUAUUAUGGAGCAGGCCCGUGGUUAAGCAUGUAUAGCAGUGGUUAUUGAGGCCUGAGGAUCUUUCCUAAGUCUGUAUUCUGUCUUGCAAUCUGAGCUCAAGUCCUGUUGAGAACAGUUGGUAAGGCACUGAUUGAAAACGGUGCAAGUGCUAGAGGAAAUGUGAAAGGGUCCAAGAUGGAGAAUGCCGUGGAAGCCUGAGAGAAAGCCCACAGGACUGGAAUGGAGUCGUUCUUUGCAGGACUACUCUGGUAGGACCCCAGUUUGGACACCUCAGAGGAGUCUUUGUUUAGUCGUGCUGGACGAUCCGAUUUUUUCACGCCCCUUGCUGGAACAAUCCCAAUGCGCUACUUGCUGGACAUGGCAUCGCUGAAAUAAGAGUUAGCCCAACGACAAACCGGCUAACGCAACAGUUGCAUGCAAGUUGUGAGCACUGUGAUCAUCCUGGUCAGAGGAGGGCUCCUUUAAGCACUUCUACUGCAGGAAGAGAAAAAGCCAUCCUAGAUCUAACAUGGGGUCUUCAUGCAUGCUGACUUCCUAGCCAGGAGAUGGACAAAAAUGCUUUAGCCAUAUAGUGUUCUUGCUGUCCACUUUUGUCUAUUACCUUUUGCUUUGUACAAAAGGAAAGUUUGAGAAUAGGAGUGUGUGUGUGUGUGUGUGUGUGUGUGUGUGUGUGUGUGCGUGUGUGCGUGUGUGUGCGUGUCUUUGUGUGGGUGUGGUUGGUUUGGUUUUCUCUUUUGAAAGGACACAUCAACACUCAGAUGAGUAAGAUGAACUAUUAUGUAUACAGACUUUUUUUGUUAUUGCACAUUGUCGACAUAAGAUGACUGGCCAUCUUGAAAUUGAGAGAGAAUCAAAGUGUUUGAGUGAAUGUGAAUAGGUGAAACCUAUCAGUUGACUAUCGACAGAAACAAAAAAUCUAUCUCCAUGUGAAAUGACUUUCCCCAGAGUUAUUAGCAGAGGGUUCGAAAUGGGGUAUUUGAGUGCAAGCAUGGAUGUACAGUAUUUCUAUGGUAUGCAUUAGCUAAUAGGUCAAUCUUGAGUGAUCAUAUAGUCCAAAACCAUCAGGGAUAAUAAUAAUAUUAAGCUCAUAAAAAAUGUUGAUAUAGGAAAUCUAAUACUAUUCUGGCUUAUAGAUCUAAAAUAUAUAUAAAUAUAUACGUAUAUCAUAUAUACAUGGAAAUUAUAGAUAUUAUGGCAGUAGCUAUAUACUUUCUUACUGAAAAUGACUAUACAUACAAGCAUUUCUAGCCGCUAGUACGAUUUUUAAAAGGCAUAUUUAUUUUUCAUGAAUCUCUAUUUGUUGGAAAUGGUGUGUAUGGUACUGGAAAACCGCACCAGCUUGCACCUAAACAAGGUUGCGUUUUCUUUGUUCCCGCUUCCCCUUCUGUUGAGAUCCCUGUUGUGGGUGCCCUGCUUCCACCGAUAUCGCUGUGAAACAGAAGCAUCUGUGUCUGGAGGAAUUGAGGCGAUUUACCUGAAAUAAGGAAAUGGUUUGUGUACACUACUGUUCAUCUCUCGGGAACACCUGAAUUGUUGUUUGUUUGUUUUUAAAGAUGGGUACUAUUACUCUGGGCGUGAAUGCUAUAAUUAAGAUGCCAAAAACUUCCGAAAUUGUCUUAAUGUGGUAUUACACGGAUCUUUGGGGGGACAGGAAAUUAGAGAGUCAAACAGUAUGUUAAGAUUUACCAUUUGAAGACGCCACCUCUUUGUCUGCUCACAACGUGACUGGUGUUCUAACGUCUCGUGGCCUUUCAGACAGGCGCUGCCUCAGCUUUUACUCUGAAAACCUGGCUGCACAUUACAACAUACUGUUUGAACUAGUUCUACAUGUAGCAGUUACAAAAUUACUCAAGUUAUUUGUCGUCUGCGUGCGAAGUGUGUGAUUCCUUUGAACAGUAGUGUACUCCCAUCCAGCUGGGCUUGAUGACCAUGGAAGAAAGGAUCUCUGUAUGUGGUGCAAUUUGGUUAAAAGCCACUGUGCAGCAAAGAAAAACCAACCUAUAUAUAUAUACAGACUUCAUUUAAAGUCAGUGGCAGGUACCAGUCGACUGUUGAAUAUCAGUGCAAUUAAAAAGCUGAUUGCUGUGGUGGAAUGUGUAUGACCUUGCGCGAACAGGAAAAGCACUUAGUGUGGAGCCUCCUAAAAUCCAAACACUGGCGGUCUCACUCAAAUGUGUUCCGGAGUGGGAUAGUGUAAGCUCAGUCUUAUCACAAAGCAAUAGAAGACUGUUGGUAUUGCUAAGCAUGUGGUGGCUUUGGCAGACAUACUGCGUACUGCAGCAAUAAAGCUGUGUUCAAUGACAUGUCCAAAUACUCAUGAUGAGCUCAACUGAGUCCCUGUUGGCUCCUGUACUCAUUUCUGCAUGCUGUCUUUUUUUUUUUUUUGCUUCAGAUAGCCUUAAAGAUCAUUUCAAAGUAUGUAGAUUUUUAUGAUGUAGAUUCACAUCUUGUUUUUGAAGUGCCCAUGUCUGCAGACCUAAGUGAGUGUAUUAUUUGCUAUAAUUAUGUUCUAUGCAAUUAUCAUUGUUAUAUGUAUGGUGACCUUGUUUUUGCUUUACUUCAAUGAGGGUUUUGUUUUAAUAAAAGUUCAACUGAAAAACAAAAAAACUC